AUGGAAACCACGAUCUCCAGCUAUUCUUACUUUCCACCAAACCAAAUUCUGUCUCUGGUGCCCGACCUUGCGAAGGAAUACGAACUCAACAGUUUUAGGUGGUCUGUGUGUGUUCUGCUGACUUUUGUGGUGUUUGGGAAGUGCGAAAUGCAGCGUGUUCCGGUGACAGUAGAGGAACAGUUGUUGCAAAAAGCGCUCAAGGAAGAGUGUACAUGGGAGAACCUUCCGAAGAGGAUUCAAGCUACUCUCUCUUCUAAAGAAGAAUGGCACAGAAGGAUAAUUGAAAGUUGCAUAAAGAAGAGACUCCAAUGGAAUAGUUGUUUUGCUCGUAAAGUUUGUAAAGAAAGUGAAUAUUAUGAAGAGAUGAUGCGUUACUUACGGAAGAAUCUUGCUUUGGAAUUGGAGGAAUUUGCCAUUUACUUUGAUUUUGUUAGGAUAUCUGAAGAGCAACCUUAUGACAGCAUCCCAAAUUUUACUGCAGCUGAUGCUUUGAGACUUACAGGAAUUGGGAGAAAUGAAUUUAUUGAUAUAAUGAACAAGUGCCGAUCUAAGAAAAUCAUGUGGAAACUGAACAAGUCAAUUGCAAAAGAACUUUUACCUACACAGCCUGUGGAUUUUCCUAUUGAACCUUGGUGGGGAAUUUGUUUGGUGAACUUUACUUUGGAAGAAUUUAAGAAACUUUCAGAAGAGGAAAUGGCCAUGAUAGAUAAAGUAUGCAAGGAGGAAGCAAAUUCAUUUAUUCUGUUUGAUCCUAAUGUUGUAAAGGGCCUUUAUAGCCGGGGAUUGAUUUAUUUUGAUGUUCCUGUAUAUCCUGAUGACCGCUUUAAAGGUCAGUUUUGUGUUAAACUUUGA